AAAUUUUCUUGGAACUACUGUGUUCAAGGAGUGACAUCAAGUAGGUCCAGACAAUGGAAGAAGGGCAGCCACGAAAGCGUACAUGGCUUGAAAUAAAGCAAGGAGUGAGGGCUGCAACAGCUCACUUCCUCAGAAUGUCUUUCAAGGUGCCUAGUUCAUUCACAUUUGAAAAACUCCCUGGUGACAAGAUGAGAGUGUAUUUCCUUGCAUCACCUGCACCGGGAAGAGAAACGACACUCCUGUUCACAGAUGUUGGGCCGCAGCAAUACUUCAGCUCAUCUUCACCCAUCCUCAAUGUCCAGCCUGUUCUGUCAGCAUCCUUCCAAGCCCAGAGUGGGAAAUACUCCAGAGAAGAGCUACAGAUGAUGGACCGGAAGCGAGUUGUGACUUGGGGAAUCACGUCUUAUGAGGCCGAUCUCAAGUCACGCCAGUUUAUGUUCCCUGCAGCUGGGUCCCUUUUCCUGGCCUCUUUCCCGCCCAUCACCCCUGUUCAGGAAGAUGAAUGUGUUUACUUCUAA